AUGGCUCUGGAGGCGCGACUGUCCCGCCUUUGGAGGCAGCUUAGACCAGGGGCAGCAGGAGCCGCGGUGGCCAGCAUCUCCCUGCACUGCGCGCGCCACACAGAGGACGUCCAGGGGCAGGGGCCGCCGGAGCUGUCGCCGGCGGUGAGCACGUCGCUGAUGCGGCUGAGGCUGGAGGUGGAGGAGAAGAAGCAGGCGAUGGGGCUGCUGCGGAGAGCGCUGGCGCAGCAGCGCGACCUCACCCUCCGGAGGGUCAGGGAGACGGAGAAGGAGCUGGGCCGGCAGCUGCGGCAGCAGAAGGAGCACUACGAGGCCGCGGCGCAGCGGCACCUGUCCUUCAUCGACCAGCUGAUUGAAGACAAGAAGGUCCUGAGCGAGAAGUGCGCAGCGGUGGUGGCCGAGCUGAGGCUCGGGGACCAGAGGAGCCGGGAGCAGGUGGCCCAGAUGCAGGAGCAGCACGCUCUGGAGAUUAAGAAACUCAAGGAACUGAUGAGCGCCACUGAGAAGGUGCGCAGGGAGAAGUGGAUCAGUGAGAAGACCAAGAAGAUCAAGGAGAUCACCGUCAGAGGCCUGGAGCCCGAGGUCCAGAAGCUGAUCGCCAGGCACAAGCAGGAGCUGCGGCGGCUCCGGAGCCUGCACGAGGCGGAGCUGCAGCGGGCGGAGGAGCGGGCGGCACAGCGCUGCCUGUGCCAGGCCGGGGAGCUGCGCGAGCGCCUGGAGCAGGAGAAGGCGGAGUUGGGCCAGUGGGAGCGCGAGCGCGCCCAGCAGCGCUUCGAGCAGCACCUGCAGCAGGAGCAGCUGGCCCUGGAGCAGCAGCGGCGGAGGCUGCACAACGAGGUGGCCGAGGAGAAGGAGCGGCUGGGCCAGCAGGCAGCCAGGCAGCGGGCAGAGCUGGAGGAGAGCAGUGCGGCGCUGACCCGAGCCCUGAGGGCCGAGUUCGAGAAGGGCCGGGAGGAGCAGGAGCGGCGGCACCAGGCGGAGCUGGCGGCCCUGAAGGAGCAGCUGGAGGCUGAGCGCCAGGCCUGGGCGGCCAGCUGCACCAAGAAGCAGGAGGCCUGGCUGCUCAAGCGGGAGCAGGAGCUGCAGGAGGAGAUGCGGCAGCACCGGGACCAGGAAAUCGAGGUGGUGAUCCGGCGGCUGGAGGCAGACAUGACGCUGGCCAGGGAGGAGGCCGAGAGGGCGACCGAGAGCCGUGUCAAGCGCAUCAGAGACAAGUACGAGACGGAGCUGCUGGAGCUGGAGCGGUCGGAGCAGCAGCUGCAGGAGCGCUGCUCGGAGCUGAAGGGGCGCCUGGGGGAGGCCGAGGGGCAGCGCCAGCGCCUGGAGGCCCUGGUGCGGCAGCGGGAGGAGGAGCUGGAGCAGGAGCGCAUGGUGAACAAGUGGCUCACGGCCGAGCGCGGCAGCCUGGCGCAGGUGGUCCGCCAAGAGUUCGCGGACCAGCUGGCGGCCUCCGAGGAGGACAACCGGCAGGUCAAGGCCGAGCUGGCGGCACUGCAGGCCCGGCAGCGGCUGGAGCUGGACGAGGUGCACCAGAGGGUGAAGACGGCCUUGGCGAAGAAGGAGGAGGCGGUGAGCAGCCUGCGGAGGCAGCACGAGGCGGCCCUGAGGCGGGCGGACCACCUGGAGGAGCUGCUGGAGCAGCAGCGGCAGCCGUGGCCGAGCAGCUCCUGA